CAGCAGUGUCAGAGGAUCAUGCGGGGGAUACACUCUCCUUCCCAUCAAUUCCACUUCCAUCCUCCUCCUCCUCCUCCUCCUCAUUCUGUGAAUCCAACCGAACCGAGCUGAGGAAUAAUGCCUGCAAACAGCACCACAGCCCCAACACAUGUGCCGGACUACACCUGCGUGCGUUUCUACGUGUCCACCGUGUCUUUCUCGGUGCUGCUCUUCUUCAACCUCAUCAUCAACUGGACCAUACUUCGCGUCGAGCGUCUGCGGAGUCAUGCGCGCUUCGUGCUGGUGUUCCACCUGCUGGUUUCCGCGCUGCUCUACCUGGGGAUGAGCAGCGUCUUCUACUACCAGAUCCACCUGCACGCGCGGCCGGUGCGCUCCGCCUGCUUGGCCAUGAUCACCGUGUUGAUCAGCAGCGCCUGCAACAUCCUCCUGACGCUCACGGUGAUGGCUUUGGACCGCUACUGCGCGGUGUGCCAUCCCAUGCGCUACAGCUCCACCUGCACCGCGGGGCGCUGGCCCUGGAUGCUGGGUGCGCUCACCUGGAUUGUGGCUUUGGUCAUUCCCCUCAGUCUGCUCCUCCAGCCGGACUCCCAGACCGAGUAUAAUGGGGUGUGUGACAGGGAACAGCUUAAAAAAGGCGAGCUGCAGAAGGUGCUGUUCAUAGGUGUGUGCACGGUAAUAAUAAUGUACAGCUACGUGAGGAUUCUAGUAGAGGGAAGGAGAUUAGGGGUGUUGAAUCGGCGCAAUAAGGCCGGGUGCAGGACGAUCGCCCUGCAUGGAAGCCAGUUGGCUGUUUACAUCCUUCCUAACUUUGUGAACUUCGUGUUGACGGUGUUGUUCAAACAGAAGCUCAUUCAUCAGGAGACUAAAGAGCUGGCAGCCGUGGUUAUCUUCGCUUUUUUCAGCUUGGCGCAGUGUGUUGCACCGAUUGUUUAUGGAUUGCGUAAAGAGGAACUAAUGGAGCAGGUGGGUCACACGUUCCCCUGCUGUUCCUACUUGAAGAGGGUCCUCGGCUGGACAGUGCGAGCCAACUGGCCACACACCCAACACACACCACGGGAGCGAACACUGACAGUACAGACGAUCAUCUCCCUACCGAACCCUACAGACCCAGAGGAAGAGGAAACACAGGCAAUAUCAAUCAGGAGUUCCUCACUGGACUUAGAGUCUUGUACCUACGAUACGGACAAUGCCUGAGGGGAAAAAAUCAGGUACAUUUCAGGAUUAUCUAACAACAGGAACAUUACCAAAAGUGGCUCAACUCAGGCCUGGAUGGACCUUAAGAAACCGCCUUGGACAUCAUAGGAUCUUUUUUCCUCAAUAGAGAAUGUUGAGACCUGAUCAGCACGUUGCACUACACUGUUUUUGACCUUUUUCACCACAGCGCGAACAUUGGAGCUGCUUGAAGAAGCAGAAGGAGACAAUGUGGUUUCAGAAAAAGUGGGAAGUUCUCUUUUUGUAAAAUGUUUUGGCUUGUCCAGACAUUUAAGCCUUGAGUCUUCAGGUGACCAGCUCACUUGGCUGACCUCAAGGCCACAAAGAGCCUUCAACGAUUUGGGAUUCAAAUGACUGGGAGAGACGAUAAAGGAUAUUUCAAUAUUAUCCUCUUGUGAAUAUUGUCUUCAUGUGUUCAUAACCCCGUGGGUAUUAAAAAAUGUGAAUUUAAUGGCAACUUAAAUACUUACAGCAAUCAGCACAAAUCAAGAUAGAAAAAUUCGGAUUAGAAGAGAAGAACAAUACACCUCUCCUCUGAAGGGAAGGACACCAAAGCAUCAUAUAAUUCAAACAAAAAACAUGUAGUAUUUAACAUUAAAAGCUAGUUUCACAAGAAUGUGAAAGGACAGUGAACAGAAAGUAGUUUAAAGAAAUGCACAUUUUUGGCCUGUUAUUUGGUGGUAGGCCAUGGUAAUCUAAUUACAUAUAUUCAGAGGAAAACCAAUCAUGACACAUUUUCUCUCCAAUAUGAUAUAUUAUUAGCUACUCACAAAAGACUGCAUCAACAUUGAUAUCAAAAUCUGUGACCCUGGCUCAGCCUCAGUAUAGAACCAAAACCAAGCUAAUCACAAGGACGAGACGUUAGCUUGUUUUAACAAAGCUGGACACAGCUAGCAAAGACUAAAAUAAUGUCUUACUAUAGCGUUUUCAGUUUAAAAUGUAUGUUUUAUAUCUUAAUUUAACUUAUUUCCAGUGGUUCUAUUAACGAAACAAAAUAUAUAAUGGUGAGCUUUAAAAUUGCUGUUUGGUGGAUCUCAUUAGCUAUAGGUUAGCCUUCUAGCGUAGCUGGUUAGCUUUCCUUUUAAUGUGCCCAGAUGGGUGUGAUUGAUACCGUUAUCCAUCUUCUUAUCUAGCUAUCAGCAUUCCAGUUAAUAAACAUAUUUCCAUCAUUAUAUACAGUCUACAUAAAGAAAAUCUUGCUUUGCUUUAAUCUUCCUCUGAACGCUUUACCACUCGAAAUGUAGCCUACUAUUGCUGAGAAAGGAAUUUGCAGAAUCAGCGGGGAGCUUUUACAAGAAAAUUAGGACAUUUGAUUUUGUAGACUCUUUGCACGGUGGUUGCUGAGCUCCUAGUUUUAAAUCAGACAAAGCCACACUUGCUGGGGAGUUUCUCAAUGUUUGAACCACAGCUUUCCUUUAUCUUUCAGUCUCACACCAACAGCUGCAAAACUUUUCAAGUCAGUGUAAAUAUGAGCAGAAGGGGAUUCCGGUCUUCUUUUCAAAGCGCAAAUAAGCACCAGAAGCUAGCUGGUGGCGAAGCACUUACUGGCAUUCUUGUAAAGUGUGAAUACUCUGGAAUAACUCGGGUUGCGGAAGUGAAAGCAAAGUUGAAGAUUAUUUGAACACAAGUGACAGGAAGGCUUUUUGGCGGGGGGGUGCUUGAUGCUAUGGUGGAAUUGAUUUAAGAUUUUAUAUUUAUUUUUGAAGCUUGUAGCCUACAAGAAACACAAAACAAUAUGAGAAGUUUGGCCUGUUGAAAGCCACAUUCAACGUAUUUAAACACUUGGGAAUUUAUAUACGCAACACAUUAAAAACAAUUGACAAUGUUUGCUCUCAGGGAUGCAAGUAAAGAAAGACAAGCAGUCUGGCAGAUGAAUUUAAAUUGUAUUUAUUAAUCUCAUUAGGAAGGUGUGUUAUUUUACCAAGAAACCUCAAAGAAAAUCUGCACAAACACUGACUCCAUCGAAGGAAAUUGGACAUUCAUUUGAGAUAACACAAA